AUGUCAGAGAGCGAUGACGAAUACUACAGCGUGCCACUAAAGGACCAGCGAUACUUUGGAGCGGGUAUCAAACGUCAGCGCGUUCACUUUGUGCCAUCGUCAACCUCGGAAUCCACCACACCUGCCGGCGCAUCCACUCCUUCGACCCUCUCGGCGAGCGAGCGCUAUCUACAGAUCGUCCUGGCCAAAGCCUCUUCCGAGCCACCGCCGUCUUCAGAAAUUCCAACAGAUGACAAAGCUCCGAGAACUUGCGACAUCUGCAAAACACAAUACGUAGGCGAUGAAGCAGCACACUGUAGCUCGCUAGUCCACCAGAUCGCUCUCCCUCAUUCACANCCCCCGUCCGCUCUCGACAGGAAUCGCAAAGGUCUCAGCAUUCUUCAAUCCUACGGCUGGAAUCCCGACGAAAGACUAGGUCUCGGUGCCCAGAGGGAAGGUAUUUUACAUCCUGUAAAGGCNAAAGAGAAGCGGGAUACUGUCGGUCUGGGCGUCAACCUCAACGACGACGAACCCACCUUGAAGAAGAAGAGGAAACCUGUCCAAGAUUUGAAACCUGUCGAGAGACUCGAUGCCGGAAAGAUAAGAAAGCUCGAACAAAACAACAAGAAGAAGCACGCAAGACUGCAGAGCUUGUUCUACUCCAACGACGAGGUCGACAAGUAUCUCGGUGCUGGUUGA